UUUACUCUAGCGGCUAGCAGUUUGAAACAGGGCUUUUAACAGUAGAGUGGGCACUUGCAGAUUGAAAGCAUUCAUUGUGUUAACAGAGGAACACAUACCUUUAAAACUCUAGCUAAGAAGAUGUCAUCAGAUGAAGGGGAACGCAAUAGUCCAGAUUUACCAAGAGAUUCAGACAGAGGCAGCUCAGUUUCCUCUGUGCUUCAGGAUGAAUACGAAGAACUUCUUCGCUAUGCUGUUGUCACUCCUAAAUAUGAACCGAGUCUCCCAUCACAGCUCAACUUGAGUAUAACUCAACUCUCCAGUUCACAACAUACUAUUAAAAGAGACACACCAGCUCAACCUUCUGCAGAUAAUGAAGAGCAUCCAAACAACAGGGCUACACCAACUCCUCCAUUAGAAGAAUCCAGACCGCCAAGUCGAACAUCUGAGGGUGAGUGCAUGGCAGCCAGGUCUGUGUCAUCUGAGGAAAGAUCAGACAUAUCAGGACAAAGCAGUGCUGAUGCUCUGAUCACCGUCAUGACAGAGAUGUUCAUCUCAGAUGAGAAUCUGAACAGGAUGGAGAACAUUUUGGACACCUGGAGCACAAAUCUUAAGAGUAAUGUGAUGAUGGAGCUGAGGAAGUGGAAACUGGCUUGUGUGGAGCAGCACAGACUGGAGCUUAAGAACGAGAGGGAGAAACAUGCAGCACAUAUGGCUGCUGUAAAUGCUGAGAUGGAUGGUCUCAAAGACCUGGUCAACACUUACCAGAUCUCUAACCAGAGGAAAGAUGAGGUGAUAGUGAAUCUGAGCAGGGCGGUUGACAGGCAGAGGGAGAAGUUGGAGCUGAUGAGGAGUUUCACCCAGUGGAGACUGCAGCAGUGCUCUGCCAGAGAGGAGGCACAGGGGGGCAGACUGGCCGAGCAGCACUAUCAUUUGCAGCUCAAGAGGAAGGUGUGGGCAGGCUGGCAAUCGCUCAUCCAGAACAGGUGGCGGGAGCGUGUGGAGAGAGCGUGUUGUGCCAGAGCAGAGGACGUCUGCAUGCAGCUCUCUACAGACUAUGAGGCCAAGAUGGCACAGCAUGUAGAGGAGCUCCAGAAAGCUCAAGCUGAGAUCCACAGGCUGCACACGGAGCGAGAGCGCUACGAGGACUCUAUGAAGAAAGCUUUCAUGCGUGGGGUCUGUGCACUCAACAUCGAGGCCCUUAGUAUGUUUAACACUGGAGAAGCGGGUAGACUGGACCGUGAUGUUCCACCUCCAGGGGACGAGCCAAGCACCAGCUCAAUGGCUAAUCACCCUCCACGUACGGUCUCGUCUGCACGGCUCAGUCCAAUUGUCAUGGAGAGUCCAAUACAGCCGGGCCCCUCCCACAGCAAUACAGACGAUGUAGAGGCGGACCAGUUUCUCUCUCAGCCUAGCUCAAUCACAGGCCCAAGAGCAGAAACCCUUCUCUCCACCACAGUGGUGAACUCUACCGUUCCACCAGGGGGCAGUACAAGCUCCUUCAGACAGGCGAACGCACGGAUAGUAACAGCUGGCAAGCAGAAAGCCUCUAAGACAGUAACUGCUCGUUUGACAGGACGGGCAGAGCAUAACCGGACGGGCCGCCUCCCUACGGCCCUGCAUGUCAUGGGUGUGGCUCCUCCCAUGAGCUCAGUUGUAGUAGAAAGACACCACCCUGUCACUCAGCUCACUGUUGGUCAGGCAACAGCAGCUAAGUUCCCUCGCGCCGCUCUUCAGAGUCAGACUGUCUCCAGCAGCAAGAGCUCCUCCAGCCAGCCUAGAGGCCCCUCCUCCUCCUCCUUUCACAUCCACUCCAUCAAAGUCGUGGACUAACACACACUCUUGCUCAUUUAUGUGUCAGGUCUGGAUACUGUAAUUUGAAGUAUUUAAUUUGUCAGGUUUAGAGGCUUUAAAUUAGGUUCAUACAUUUUAAGUAC